GCCUUUGAAACAGCUUUUUAGACACAGGAUCUUAGUAAGAGGGAAGAUAAACCACUGUGGAGGCUGGAAAUCUCUAUUAGUACAGUGAACAGACAUUGCUCCCGGUGUUCCUUGUUUAUUGAUUGGCAGUGCUGGGGACCCCAGCCUUAACAGGCCAGCGUGCAUGGUCUACACUCAGCAGGGACAGGGCAUCCUGUUCCUCAGACUCCACACUGAGGCACGACCCAGCCCAGGGUCCCUGCAACCGAGACUGGGAGACAGGGAAGGUGCAGUGCAUGCAAGCUCCUGGGCCUCAGAGCACACAGCACAGAGGGUGGAGGGAGGGGGCGCUGUGGCCCUCAACCCACACAACAUGAGGAGGGACGAUGAGCGCCAGGCCGCCCGUGACCCCACUGGGGCAGGUCCAGACCCACCAGGCCCUUGGCUUCCAGCCCGCACCCUGCAUCUUUUACCCCACACCUUGAGGUGGAGGCCAGUGAGGAAGAACGCACAUCCUCCAAGGAUCCUGCAAGAGUCUUGGUCCAAAGCCCAGGGCCACAGGAGCCCCCAGGAGCCUCAAGACCAACCUGGCACCAGCGCUGCUAUCACCAGGUCGGGGAAGGGACUACAGGCACAGAGGAAUCCCCAGCUGUGCAGGGUUGCAGGAAGGACAGGCGCACACAGAGCCAGACUGAAGCACCGGAUGCCCUGUCCUUCAGUGCCAGAGGACAACACACCACAGCAGGAAGCAUUGAGAGCAUUCAGAGCCCUGACCUCACUGGCACUGGAAUAAGGAGCUGGAAACAGACCAGGCAGUGCUCAACAUGGGGAUGCUCCUGGGGCGUACAUAAAACACCUAAUUCAAGAAGUGGAGCUCUUAGCUUGAGCUCCAGUCAGUGAGCUGAAAUGGAAAACAAACAAAACAAAACAAAGAAGUAUGUCAAAGCAGAGAAACAUGAAAGAUAUGCAAGCAAUGUUUAAGACCAAACAAAUUCUUGAGAUGAAAACUCCUUUCAGCAAAAUUAGAAACAUGAAGUCAUCAACAGCAGGAAAGACAAACACACAAAGAAAUGGUGAUGUCAAGGACAGAUUAUUUGAAAAUACACAAUUGAAGGUGGAAAAAAAGGAGAGCAAUUUAUUU